AUGGCCACAUUUCAUGCAGUUCACGCUGAUAUCUUUGGCGCACAACAUCCUGUCGCUGCGAAGCCAGGCCCUAGGUAUACUAGGGAAGACAGUGCGGCCACAGACAGUGAUGGAUCGAUAGAACAGACGCAAGAGGAGAUUGGGUAUGAGGAGGACCAUCCUCAAGACAAUGAGGACAUUGAUGACUCAGUGAAGGAAGAUAUGAGAAAACUUGAAGAUACAUUUCCCGGCAUAUCUGAUCGGUUUCGGCUAGUGAACAGAAUCGGAGAAGGUACACUGUGUCCCUUCGCUUAUAAGCUCACCCUGCUUGAAUCAACCGACCGACUGACUGGCAAUGGGACUGCAGGUACCUUCUCCACCGUGUAUAAAGCGGAGGACCUUUUGUACGACCACUAUGACAAUGACUGGGACACAUUUCAAAGCAACCACACGGAUGGUUGGACGGAUCCCCCAAUUAAAAGACGGCGGGUGGAAAACAAUGGCCGCUCAAUUCUGGUUAAACGAAGAAAGCCACGGUUCGUUGCAUUGAAGAAGAUCUAUGUGACAAGCAGUCCCCAUCGCAUUCAAAACGAACUAGAGCUGCUACAUGAUCUUCGGGGUUGUCGAUCGGUUUGCCCGUUAAUCACAGCCUUCCGCUAUCAGGAUCAAGUCGUGGCCGUUCUGCCUUUCUUUCCUCACACUGACUUUCGCAUUCAAUACCGCACAUUCAUGGUCGCUGAUAUGCGACAUUAUUUCCGAUCCCUAUUUACCGCGCUGCACUCGGUCCAUAAACACAACAUCCUCCACCGUGAUAUUAAACCGACUAAUUUUCUGUAUAACCCUGAUAUUCGGGAAGGCGUGUUGGUUGACUUUGGCCUUGCAGAACGUGAGGGAUCGGAAUAUACAGGUACUUGCCUGUGUGCGAAUGCCACUUACAUACGCCGUAGUAGAUUUAACCACAGCUACCACCACACCCAUUGUUCGCCAACAACUUUGUCGGCUGGCUAUCCUAAGAACGACUCACGGCCAUCAAGGCGCGCUAACCGAGCAGGAACGCGUGGGUUUCGUGCACCCGAAGUCCUCUUCAAGUGCACCUCCCAGACAACCAAAAUAGAUAUGUGGUCUGCAGGCGUUAUUCUCCUGACAUUACUCGGGCGCCGGUUUCCAUUCUUCAACUCGGCCGAUGAUGUCGACGCUAUGAUCGAGAUGGCGAGUAUCUUCGGUACACGACGCAUGAAGUCUGCAGCAGCCAUGCAUGGGCAAAUAUUUGAAACCAACAUCCCUACCAUCGGGGAAAAGGGGUAUAGCUGGGAGAAACUUGUGAAAUGGGCUAGCUGUGUCGAAGAGCUAACUGAAAGUGAGAAACAAGCCACUCGUUUGUUAGCUGGCCUCAUGGAACUGGAUCCCUAUAAACGCCUAAGCGCCAGGGAAGCCUUACAGCAUGAGUUUUUCACUGACCCUAUAGACCAUGAUGUGGAAUGGGGAGGUAACCCUGACGAUAGCGCAGACACUGGGGAAGAAGACGAGGACAAAGAAGAGGGGGAAGCAGACGAAGUAGCAAUGAUAUAG